UUCUUGACCUGACCUGAUGUUAACCGUGACCUGGUUUACUCUCAGAUAAGGAGGUUAGUUACUGUGGUCAAUGCAUUGACCAGCACUUGACACACGCGCACACCAGCAUGAGGACGUGUCUGAUCCUGUUUAGUUUGGGCUUUGUUCAAAGUCUAAUAAGGGUGCCGUUGAGUCGCGCGCCUUCAGUGCGGAGUAAACUGCGCGCCGCCGAGCAGCUCCAGGAGUUCAUGCGCGAGCACGAGCCGGACUUCUACUCGCGCCGCUACGCGCAGUGUUUCCCUCCCGCGCGUGACUUCCUUCGACUGCCGGGAAAAUCUGUGGAGAGACUUUACAGCUUUAUGGAUGCUCAGUUUUUUGGUGAGAUCAGUCUGGGAAACCCACAGCAGAACUUCACAGUAAUCUUUGACACCGGCUCUUCUGAUCUCUGGGUCCCUUCAUCAUACUGCGUCAGUCAAGCGUGUGCGAUGCAUCACAAGUUCAAGGCCUUUAAGUCCAGCACUUACACGCAUGACGGACGAGUGUUUGGCAUUCAUUACGGCUCUGGACACCUGCUGGGGGUUAUGGCCAGAGAACAACUCAAGGUGGGCUCUGUGACGGUUCAGAAUCAGAUCUUUGGAGAGGCUGUGUAUGAGCCCGGGUUUGCUUUCGUCAUGGCCCACUUUGAUGGGGUUUUGGGUUUGGGUUUCCCUCAGUUGGCAGAAGAGAUGGGUUCUCCAGUGUUUGACAGCAUGAUCGCACAGAAAAGCGUGGAUGAGCCGAUCUUCUCCUUCUACCUCAAGAACAACGGCUCUGGGUUUGGUGGAGAGCUUUUAUUUGGAGGUGUAGAUGAAACUCUGUUUGUUCCUCCUAUUAACUGGGUUUCAGUCACACAGAAGGGCUACUGGCAAAUCAAAAUGGAUGGUGUGAAGGUCCAGGGAGCUCUGAGUUUCUGCUAUCGUAGUUCUCAUGGAUGUCAAGCUGUAGUGGAUACGGGAACUUCACUGAUUGGCGGCCCAAGCAAAGACAUUCUGAUGCUUCAGCAGUUCAUCGGAGCCACGCCCACUGCCAUUGGAGAGUAUCUGUUAGACUGUGCCAGGAUCAGUAGUCUGCCUGUGGUGUCCUUCUUGUUGAAUGAUGUUGAGUAUUCACUGACUGGGGAGCAGUAUGUCAGAAGAGAGAUCCUGAACAAUAAUGAGAUUUGCAUCAGUGGCUUUCAGUCCAUAGACGUCCCGUCUCCAGCCGGACCCAUGUGGAUUCUGGGAGAUGUUUUCCUGUCUCAGUUUUACAGCAUCUAUGACAGAGGUCAUAAUCGUGUGGGGUUCGCUCAUCUUUCUCCAACAUCAAAGAUCAUCACAUAGACAUGAACACAGUGCUGUGCAUCUAAUGCUCCUUACAUUCACUUCUUAAAGAAAUCACAGCAGACAGUAAAAUAUCAUCAUCAUCUGA